AUGUUUAGACAAGCUGUUAGAAGUAUUUCCACCAAAGUUUACCCAGUAGACAAAGCUGCUGGUGAAGCUUUUAGACACCAUUUAGAGGCCACAACUGCCCACGCCAAAGAAACCACUGCUUUAUGGAGAAAGAUCACCUUUUUCGUUGCAUUUCCAGCUAUUGCAUUGGCAGCCGUUAACACUUAUUUUAUUGAAGCUGAACAUGCUGAACACAGAGAACAUCUAAAACAUGUCAAAGAUGAAGACUGGCCAAAAGAUUACGAAUUCCAAAAUAUCAGAUCCAAACCAUUUUUUUGGGGUGAUGGUGACAAAACUUUAUUUUGGAACCCAGUUAUUAACAGACACAUUGUUCGUGAUGAAUAG